AAGAAAUUGAUUGGCCGCGAAGGAUUGGCGCUUUAUUUGUUUGUAUCAGACAACAAAAAAGGAACAAGUCAGGAUUUCUGCUGCUUUGAAGAUUCAUGAGGGGAUUUGUUUAAAUGAGUUUAAACAGAUUUAUUGACUGCGUCAAAUACUUGCAUCUGUACAAAUGAGAAGAAGCCGUUGAAACUUGAAUACUGCGGAAGAGUAGUCAGUAGGAAACGCGUUCAGAACUGGAACAAGUCAACUGAAGAUUUUUUUUCUGGAGAAAAUGAGUGAUAGGAAAGGGGAGGUAAUAAAAGAUGAUAUCCCAGCAAGUCUGACCAACCCUGGAUUUAGCACUCCAGCAAGUCUGACGAAUCCAACUUUCAGUACAACAGAAAAUGUUAGCUUCCACGGAUCACACUUUGCUGAAGAGGAAAUGGAGGACACAUGCUCCUCUCCAAAGAAGCUAAAGUCUCACCUAUUGUCACCAGACAUAAAAUCUCUACCUUAUGAUGUCCAAGAAGAAAUAGAAUGCUUAUACGAGUUUGUACCAGAAAUAGAUCAUCACUUUGUGGUCCUAGACAAAAUUGGAGAGGGAACGUUUAGUUCAGUUUUCCUAGCUCAACUAAAGCACUAUAAAGAAUUACCUCAGAAGUUUGCACUGAAACAUAUUAUUCCUACAAGUCACCCAAGUCGUAUCGAAGGAGAGUUGAGAUGUCUACAAGAAAUAGGUGGUUGUGACAAUGUUAUGGGAGUAGAACUCUGCAUCAGACACAAGGAUCAUGUUGUCAUAGUGAUGCCCUACUUUCCACAUAAAAAGUUCCAGGACUACAUACUGACUCUAAGUGUCGGUGAGGUCAGGGAAUAUAUGAGAAAUUUGUUGAUUGCCCUCCGACGAGUUCACAAGUUUGAAGUUAUCCACCGAGAUGUUAAACCAAGCAACUUCCUGUAUGAUAGUGUAACCAAACAGUAUGCUUUGGUGGAUUUUGGUUUGGCACACAAGGUAAAGUCACAGCCAAAUGAAAUGAAGUUGAAGAGUCAGAAAACAGAGAGCACAACAUCGGGCAGAUCUACAAGAAAUCCAUUGUCUCCUACCUCAUCUUCACAACAAAAUAAACAGAAAAUAGCAGCAGGCAAGAAAUCACAAAGUUAUGUUACUCCAGAAUUAGAGAACUCUACAUUUGCAAGACGAAUUAAGUCUCCUCGAAGGGUUUUGUUAGCGAAAAGAGCACUUCUGGCUAAAAAUAAACCCAGUGAGCUUGAAAAGGGUGCAAAGCCAAGUGCAGUGUUGUCCACAUGUGACUGCUUUGGAAAACCCCAAGUCUGCAGUAUUUGUAAUGCAAGAAUGAAUCAGCAGGCACCAAGGGCAGGAACACCUGGUUUUAGAGCUCCAGAAGUCCUGAUGAAAUUUCCUGAUCAGACUACAGCUGUUGAUAUAUGGUCAGCUGGGGUGAUUUUCCUGUCCCUUUUGAGUGGACGUUAUCCAUUCUUCCGAGCCAAUGACGACAUGACAGCGCUAGCACAGAUCAUAAGCAUUAUGGGCAGUGAGGAAGUCAGCAAAUCUGCCAAGGCAUAUGGUAAACAUUUGAUUUGUCACCCCGGUAAUAAAUCUGUGGACCUAAAAGUUCUGUGCACCAGACUUCGAGAAGGUCCAGCCGCUAAACAUCACGCUUCACAGAGGGACAGUCUUAGUGAUAAAGAAAAUGAUGCCUUCACUUCCUGGUCUGGUGUUCCGGACUCAGCUUUUGAUUUACUGAGGAAGCUGUUGGACAUGAACCCCUUCACCAGAAUCUCAGCGGACCAAGCUCUACAACAUGAAUUCUUCAAGGGACUUAGUUGAUGGAAACAUUCUCCUGUUCAUUGUUGUUGAAUGACAUUGGUCGUUGAUCAAGAUAAUUUAUUCUUAAUAUGGGAAUCAUUGUCUAAGUGAAAAGAAGAGUGCUGAGCAAGGAAUACCAAAGAGGAAUAGAGGGUAAUAGGCAUGGAUGUCUCAUUGCUUAAUUCUCAAACUUUAAAAA